AUGGUUGAGUCAAAUGAUAUUAUAAAAAGUGGGCUGGCAGAGAAAGCACUAAAGGCUCUAAUUUUACAAUGUGAAGAGAACCCAUCUUUAAAAAAUGAUAAGGACAUACACAUAAUCAUCAACACGGGCAAAAAAAUGGGCAUAAACAGGGACAACAUCCCCCGUAUUAUUCCAUUAACAAAGUACAAGCUAUUUAAACCAAGGGACCUAAACAUAUUACUCAUUACCAAGGAUCCCUCUGCCUUGUAUAGAGAAACUUUGACGAAAGACGAGCAUACGUCGGAAUUAUUCAAGGAAAUUAUAAGUGUCAAGAACUUGAGACGUAGAUUCAAAGGGAGUAAACUGACCCAACUUUAUAAAGAUUUUGACUUGGUCGUUGCCGAUUACAGAGUUCACCACUUACUUCCGGAGGUUCUUGGUAGCAGAUUUUAUCACGGUAGUAAAAAAUUGCCAUACAUGAUCCGCAUGUCGAAAGAAGUAAAAUUGAAGCGUCAACAAAUGGUCGAAAAAUGUGACCCCAUUUACGUGAGAGCACAAUUGAGAAGUAUAUGUAAGAAUACCUCAUACAUUCCCAAUAAUGACAACUGCUUAAGCGUCAGGGUCGGUUAUAUUCAAAAACACUCCAUACCAGAAAUUUUGCAAAACAUCCAAGAUACAAUAAACUUUCUCACUGAUAAAAGUAAGAGACCGCAAGGCGGCGUCAUUAAAGGAGGAAUAAUAUCUAUAUUUGUCAAGACCAGUAACAGUACUAGUUUGCCUAUAUAUCAGUUUUCAGAGGCUAGAGAAAAUCAGAAAAAUGAAGAUCUGAGUGAUAUUAAAUUGUAA